AUGACAGUAGCGCCAAACACUGCUGGUGCGAAUCCUUCCCAUCUGGAAAAGAAAAUUGGUAAGGACCAAUUUCCCUCAAACGAACAUUAUUACGGUCUCGUGAAUUUCGGCAACACCUGCUACUGUAACUCUGUCCUUCAAGCACUUUUCUUCUGCAAACCCUUCCGGAAUCGAGUCCUUCUAUAUCGGCAACAGAGCAAAGGUCAAAAGAAAGAGACUCUGCUUAGUUGCCUAGCCGACCUCUUUUAUGCAGUGACUACCAAAAAGAAGAAGGUCGGUCAAAUCCCGCCUAAAAAGUUUGUCCAGCGGCUGAAACGGGAAAAUGUUCUCUUUGACAACUAUCUACCCCAGGACGCUCACGAGUUUUUGAACUACCUCCUUAACCAAAUCGCCGACAUUUUACUAGCGGAAAAUGCAAGUGAAGAGGCAGUGAAGAAGGGAAGCUCGACAGGAGGAGAUGCUGACCUCAAUACAGGGGAGAACACACGAACGUGGAUACACGAGAUUUUCCAGGGCACCCUGACCAAUGAGACUAGAUGCCUGAAUUGCGAGACUGUCCGCACUAAAGAUGAGGACUUUUUGGACCUCUCCGUAGACAUUAAGCAGUAUACAAGCAUCACAAACUGUCUACAGUGCUUCUCCAACACUGAGACUAUUCAAUCUGAAAAUAAGUAUUAUUGCGAAGUCUGCCGAUGCAAACAAGAGGCUCAGAAAAGAAUGCGAGUGAAACGACUACCUGAGCUUUUGGCGCUUCAUUUGAAGAGGUUCAAGUACUCCGAGAAUGCAAACCGUUUUAUAAAACUUUCCUACUAUGUUCCAUUCCCUCAGGAGCUUCGACUUUUCAAUACGCUAUUAGUACUUUCAAAUCAACCAACUGGUCCGCGAACCAACGUUUGUUCUGCACGCGUAUUAGGAUCGGUCAUCUACGUUCAUCACAUGGUACUUUUGCAUAUCGUAACAAGGUCAUCUGGAGUUCAUUCUGCCAACAUACUAGCUAUUGCGAUGUGGAAUAGGACUACUCUGCUUCCAUUCAGGACCUUUCUGAAUCAAUGUUCUGACGAUGCGAGCAAUCCGGACCAGCUGUACGAGCUCAUGGCUGUGGUAGUCCACUCCGGUUCGGGGCUAAACCGCGGCCACUACAUCAGUCUGGUCAAGUCCGAUGGCAUUUGGCUCCUCUUUGAUGACGAAUACGUCGACAAAAUUGACCCAGCAAACAUCCGUGACUUCUUUGGGACCACCUCAGAGGCUUCAAAGACCUCGGAUUCGGCGUAUAUUCUUUUCUAUCAAGCCUGUGACUUCUCCCAUUCACAAUCAUCGCAUUCACCGCCUCCACAGUCGCCUCCGCCAUCAUCGCAGUCCACCUGCACCGCUGACUCGGUGCGGUGA